GUAAAAGGUGGAAAAAUGAGCGGAAACAAUGCAAAAACAAAUUUAAGCGCAGGAGGAGGAUAUGGCAGCCAGAUGGGGCAGCCGACAAGCAUGGCAGUGCACAUUCCCAGCAUUGAGGAGAAGAACAAGCAGAUGCAGCAGGAGACGAUGAUGGAGAAGCUGCGUGCCAAGUACAGGAACAAGCCGAAAACCUACGAGGAGAUCAAGAAAUCAGUGCGAAUGUACUUCAUUGAGAAGCACUAUCCGUUGGAUCCACUCUGCAAGGCGACGCUGCAGUCGGCACUGGACAAGCUGCAGCAUUAUAUCAAAGUCACCUCCCGACACGGCCUCGUGGAGCGUCUAGAGAGCCUGUCCCGACAGCUGGGACUUAAAUUCAUGGAGGAUCAGCAGCUGCUGUUCAUCUCGACGGACAUGUUCUAUGUAGAGAUACUGCUGGAUGCGAGUGGCAACCUCAACGACGUCAAGGUCCACCACGAGUGCAAGAGUGAGCAGCAGUCCAAUUCCAGCUCCAGCUCCACUGAGCUCCUCAACUGCCUCAAGGCAGGCGACUUUGCUGACUUCACAGUGCAGCUGGAGGGACUGUCCUCCAUCUACCAACUGAAUGCGGAGCCCAAGGUCAAGAAGAAGGCAUUUGUGGCACUCCAGGCCAUGGAAACAGACAUCUACAAUCUCUACCAGCAGCAGCUGCAGUGCCAACAACAGUUGGGUGGCAUUAGCGAUAGCUACCACAUCAUGAACAGAUCCGCAGUGGGAUUGGUGCUGCCACGACGUGGUGGGCAUCCCAUGAAACUCACCUACUUCUGUCCUCCUCUGCACCUCGUGGAAACACAGGUGAAGGGGGAGAAGUCGUCCACUGCAGUGGGAACUGCCAGCAGGGAUUUCAGCAUUGAGCAGGUGAUGAAGAGUCCAAUUGGACUCAGUGCCACCCUCAAUCUGGAGGGAUCCUCUGCGAACAAACUGCAAAUCCUGCCAAUUGUCAGCUUCACCAGCGAGUCUGGACUCCCCUUGGAGCUGCCCUCCUAUGCACCGCUCACCCAAAACAACUCCAUGUUGAUGCCGGCCACCUACGUGCUCCGUCUCAGCAAGCCCAUGCCAGUCUGCAUCGAAUCUCUGCGGGCUUUGGCUCUGCCUGGUCUGGGAAGUCUGUCGAACGAGGGAGCGACGUCUGUGAUGAAUCUCAUUGUACAGACUGCUUCGAGACAGGCCAUAAGGAGCAUCCACGUCCAGAAGGGCCUGUAUGUCAACCUGCCAAAGGAGACGCACUGUUACUUCCUCACGGAUAACCGCAGGCUGCAGGGCACCAUGAUAUCGUCAUUGCAGUUCACGGAGCCGGCACAGGUGCCUAGGAUCAUCGCAUUCCUCAAGAAACAGGCUCUGUUCUACACACUCCUGGGCAGCUGCGUCAGGGAACAGCAGAAGCAGUAUAAUGACAUGGACAGCACUGUCAUCUUGGAGGUAACUGCCGUCUCGCUCACCCAGAUCACUGUGGAGCUCCAGCAUCCGUAUGAGGAGUCCCUGGCUACAGUGGACUUUCUGCUGGAGGAGGGAGAGGCCACCUGCACCAUCUACUGCCUCAACAAUGACUACGAAGCACUCUCCCAGAAGCUGACCAGGACAGUGCGUCAGGUGGUGUCCAUUCCCAUGGUUAUAUACAAGCUACUCAAGUGCUGGGAUGAGGAGCAUCUCCAGAAGCUGCACGGUGUACCUGCUUUUGGUGCAGGGACAGGCAGCGGAGCAGCAGGUGGCUUCAGUGGCACUGGAGGAAGUGGAGGAGGUGGAAUGCACGGUACAAGCAACUUUGGCCAGUUUGCCAUGGAUACGGGCACGGGCACAGGCUCUGGGGAAGGCAGUAGUGGACUUGGCGGUGGCUUCAGUAGCGUGAACAAUCUGAAGAUGGACUCAAAAGUGCGUUCCUUGGCGGAUGCCUUUGCUGCCUCCACUUCGGCGGCUGCGGCCAUUGCUGGAAUCAUGAAUCUGAAACGGGAGACGGAUCCACAAGCUCCCUCUGGAAGCAGUCCCAUUCCCAGCCCAUCUGCUACUGCGUCCAAGUCUAGCGAUCAUGAGAUUGCGGACAAGUACAAGAACAUUUGGAAGGAUAAGACACCCAACCUGAAGCACUGCGUCAGCAUCACGCCCAUCCCUGGCGAUGGCAAGACGCCUCUCCAGCAACAGCAGCAACAGGUGGAUGUGCAACGCACGGGCGGCAUUGAGAUCAUUCCAUUGAAUGCACAAACCAGCGUAGGAGCCACUUCAAGUGCUCCAAGUGGCUCUCCAGCCACUACCAUCACCAUAACUCCAAUCACUGGAAUCAGUGGAGGCCAAGCAGGCAAGGAGACAUCCAAGGAGCCCAAGAAGUCUGUGUCUGUGUCGAGUGCCAGUGGAAGUGCUCCAAAGCGACCUCAUGAGAGCAGCUCCUCCUCUUCCUCGUCUUCCACUUCGUCUUCCUCUUCUAAUUCGAGCAGCAGCAGCUCCAGUGACCCACAGAAGGAGAAGAAGCGCAAGAAGAAGAGAGAUGACUCUCCCAUGGGUCCACCUGAGAAGAUCUAUUCACGGCAGAACUCGCCCGCAGCUGGCGGGAUGGGGAUCGGCAUCGGGAUGACGGAUGCUUCAGCUGGCAGUGGAGUAGUGCGAAAGUUCUCGUCUCCCUCAGCGUCGUCUUCAUCCUCACCCAAGGCAGGAGUCGGAGCUGGAGUAGGAGCGGGAGUAGGAGUUGGAGCUGCUCUUGGCCUGAUGGCGAGCCAACCGUCGGCUCGUCCCAGUCCGAAGCACUCGCCUGUCUACAGCAGUCCCAAGCACAACAGCAACACCAACACCGCCUCCAACAGUCCCAAGUCGCCAUUCGGCACUCAUUCGCCCAAGCAUGGAUCCUCUGGCAAGCCGAGCAUGUCCACUCUCAAGAGCGCCACGGCGGCCACAAGCCUCAGUCCCAAGUCGGAGAAGUCCUCCUCUGGCAGUGGGGGAGUGAGCUCAGGUGCAGUUUCCCUGGCUGUACCGCUUCCUAUGCCUACAGGCACACCUGGUUCAAGUGCAGGGACUAACCCCUCCAUGAUGAGACCCGUGCCGCCCUUGGCCAGCAGCAGUGGACAGUUGCCGGUUGCCAUCAAAAAGGACAAGUCCAUAGGUAGCUCCACCUCAUCCUCCUGCUCGUCACUGGCAUCGGGAGGAGCAUCUGGAGUCGUUGCUGCUGCAGUCGCCGCCCUCAAGAGUUCCCAGCAGCAUCAGCAGCAACUGAAGUCGCUGGCCAGUUUAUCGCAUCUGGCAGCGGGUGGCAGCCUGGGCAACUAUGCGACGCCAGCGGUGGCCGCCUUGGAGCUCAAUGUCCUGCGCAAGGGCAUGGCGGGAGCGGGAUCGGGAUCUGGAGUGGGUGUGGGACCGGGAAUGGGCGUGGCAGCGGGAGCGGUAGGUGCGGUAAGUCCGUUUUCAAUUUAUGAGUAGCUCUCGUUGUGUGCCCACCUCCGCCUCCACCUCCACCUCCCUUCACCUCCAACUGCACCUCUUAACCCGUAGUUGCCUGACUCUUUAUUUUUUGUUUGAACCUACAACUUGAACUAAAU